GCUCCAGCCCUGGUGGGUUGCACUGCACCUACGCAGAAAACAAAAACAAAUCGCAAAUCAAUAGCGGAGGAGUACGAAAACCACGAUGAGUGUCGACGACGUGAUCUACGUGAUCUGCCUCCUGGCCUGCAUUGGAGCCGGGGGCUAUGUGAAGAGGAUCGCGGACGAGGGCCAGCGAAAGCUGGUGUCCACCGCACUUGGCAUAAUUGUUGUUGUGAUUGUCUCCGGGCUCCACAGCCUGCACUGCUUCGUUUCACUGGCCCUGGGCACAUCCGCCGUGCUCCUGGUGCAUCCGAGCAAAGGCCACUUGGUUACCUUCGUGGUCAUGUUCGGCUACCUGGUGUUCUUCCGCAUGUUCGACUUCUACCUGGGAAUUCCGGGCCACACGAACAUGAUCCAAAUGAUGCUCACCCUGAAGGUUUCGGGUAUCGCCUUCGAGAAGACUGCCGCCUGGAAACGCCUACAGGCAGCAGAUGAGCAGAAGAAGAACGACCAGCGGGAUGUGAACCAGGAGAGCCUCAUCGAGGUCACCGACUACGAUGUGGAGCUGCAGAACCUGAGUGCCGCUGAGAUCCUCCACUACAGCUUCAACUACAUAGGAGUUCUGACAGGUCCAUAUUAUCGGUACCGCACAUACAGGGACUACUUUGAGAUGCCCUUCAAGACCCAUGCUCCCAGCGUGGAAGCCACCUUGGAAAAGCUCAAAUACGCUGUCUUCUAUUGCUCCCUGUAUUUAGCAACCAACUACAUUUGGCCACUAGAUUACGCACUGAGCGACGAGUUCUUCAACGAUCGCUCCUUCGUCUACCGCCUGCUGUACGUGUGGCCCACGUUCUUCACAUUCCGCGCCCGCAUUUACACCGGACUGACCCUCAGCGAGUGCGUCUGCACAAUGGCCGGCUUCGGCGCCUAUCCGGAUGAGUCGGACCCCAACAACGGAGAGGGACCGCGUAAACGCUACCAGCACUUGAAGCGCGACGCCGACAAGCACUCGUACAACUUCACAACGAUUGUGAACACGAGGGUGCUGGAGGUGGAGCGGUGCUGGACCUUCCGCGAGGGCAUGAAGCACUGGAACGUUUGUGUCCAGUACUGGUUAGCUGUCAACGUGUACAAACUGUUUCCCAGCAAGAAAUACAGAACUGGCGCUACUUUGCUGUGCUCCGCCUACUGGCACGGAUUCCGGCCAGGACACUACUUCUGCAUCAUGGGCGCUCCCUUCUACGUUUCCCUGGAGGACAUGUGGGAUAAGCUGGUGCGCAGGAGUGCCACUGGCACCGUGCGCAGGGUGAUCGACGUCAUCUUCUGGAUCUUCAAGUGGUUCGCCUUCAGCUACUUGGGCGAGGCCUUCCUGCUCUCCUCGUUCAGCAACAUCUGGCGUUUCUACAGCUCGGUUUACCACAUUGGAUACGUCAGCUGGGCGGUGAUGAUUGCCCUGGGACUGUACCUGACCAGUCAGAAAAAGGCUGCGGAGCGCAGAAAGAAUCGCGCGGCAGAGAAGGCUUCCGGGGGAGAUGGAAUUGCAGCCUCUUCAGAGAAGGAGAAGGCGCAGUAGUCGGUCAACUCUGUAGCCACCAAUAUCCCAAUUCAUAGUUCAAUUCUUGGACAGCUUCCUUAAAGUGUUCCAAUAGAUGUUCGAAAGUCUGUCGGAGAAAUUGAAAUGUUCUUCAGCGAUAGCUCAAUCCUAUUGCCAAUCAAGAUGAUCAAACGAUAUUUUCUUAGAGAUGUAGUUCUCUACAUAAAACACCAUUUUAACCAUGUACAAAAGUGAUCUUGUUACGCCUUCUACCCGUUACCAUCCAAACUUCUGCUGGGGAAGGUGAUGAUAUUGAUAUUGAUAUGAAUAAAAAUAGAACUAGGCAUAUGAAAAAUUACUAAGGAAAAUAAUUAUAUAUUUUAACCAAAGCAAUUGUAAUUGAAUCAAAAAUUGUACACAAACUAAGUCCUGCUAUGAUUACUCGUAUCCAAAUUAAAAUAUAUAUUGCCGAUAAACAAAA